AUAUGCAUCAUGGUUUCACAGUAGUGUACACUGAUGGCUCCAAACAAAGGGACUUCUCUUGGCUGCUCUGUAGUGUUCCUCAACCAUGUCACCAGGCAUUGGCGAUGAGUAUACUGUUUUCUCAGUGGAGCUCCAAGCGAUCCUAAAGAACCUGUACCCAGCUGAUAAAUUGGCCCAGCUGAUAUUUGACCUAUUAUACUUGCUCCAGCAGGUGUCAUUCUGCUGGGUGUCAAGGCAUGUGGGGAUACUGGGCAAAUGGGCUGCCAAGGAGGCCUGCAGAGGACAGUAUGUGGUACAGUGUCCUAUUCCCCUGCAGGCUGUCAUUUCGGCACUACAUAGGAAGUCCAUGCAGUUGUGGGAUGAGGAAUGGCUGGCAGUAAGAGACAGUAAGCUGCGGUUGGUAAAAUCAACUAUCUGGCCAUGGCAUUCCUCCUGCUGGUUGCUCAAGAAGGAUGAAGUGACUUUCACACAUCUUCAAACUGGGCUCUGCCCUAUUACACAUGGCUUUUUACUAUGGUGAGAGGAUCCCUGUUUUGUUAUGCUUGUGGCAUGCAAAUCCCUCUACACCAUAUUUUAACAGAGUACAUUUUAUAUCAUGAUGCAAGGGCUGAAGCAAAUAUCAUUGCAGAUUUUCCGUCUAUUUCAGCGGACAAUG